AUGGAAGCCGUCGGGGACAACAGGCCCUGGCUUGUGCAGAAGUACGGUGGUACGAGCCUGGGCAAGCUCCUCGACCCGAUCUGCAGCAAAAUCAUACCGUCUCACCUGCGAGACUACAACCUGGUCGUCGUGUGCUCGGCGCUCUCCGGUUCCACAAAGGCCAGCGGCACAACGAGCCUCUUGCUGGAGUGCGUCUCCCACGCCGAGGCCGGCCUCUCGGCCCAGACGCAGCUGAACAGGAACAUCGACGCCAUACGGGACACGCACGUCCGGCUGCUUGAAAAGCACCUGGUCAACUCCAACGGCACGAGGAGCGACCUCUGCCGCGACAUCUUCGACACCACCAAGGCGGUCAUCUUCAAGGAGUGCGAGAGCCUCCGCGGCUUCCUGCUCGCCGCCCAGAUCAUCGGGGAGCUGUCGCCCCGCGCCCGGGACCGCGUCAUCUCCCUGGGCGAGAAGCUGGCCUGCCGUGUCGUCGCGGCCCUUCUCAGCAGCAAAGAUGUCCACGCCGAAACCGUGGUGCUCGAGGACGUCAUCGAGACCGUCUUCGGCAGCAGCGUCUUCGAUCAGAAGGCGGCGCUGGGCAGCCUCGGCCCGCGGUUCUACCACCUCGUCGCGGACGAGAUCGCCAAGAGGAUACGGGGGUGCGGCGACUGCGUCCCCGUCGUGACGGGCUUCUUCGGCAUCAUGCCGGACUCGCUGCUGAAGAACGUCGGCCGCGGGUACUCGGACCUCUGCGCCGCCAUGUGCGCCGUCGGCACGGGAGCCGUCGAGCUGCAGGUCUGGAAGGAGGUGGACGGCAUCUUCACGGCGGACCCGAGAAAGGUGCCCUCGGCGAGGCUGCUGUCGACCGUCACGCCCGAGGAGGCGACGGAGCUGACGUACUACGGCAGCGAGGUCAUCCACCCGCUGACCAUGGACCAGAUUCGGUGCGCCAACAUCCCGCUGCGGCUCAAGAACGUCUUCAACCCGACGGGCCGCGGCACCAUCAUCUACCCGACGCCGCGGACGACGCCGCAGACGACGCCGCCCCUGACGCCCCGGAAGGCCCUGAUGACGCCUCCGAUAUCGACGACGGAGGAGGAGAAGAGGGACGAGAAGGUCGUCGACGUCGACGUCGACGUCAAGCCGGAGCCGAGGUCGGCGACGCUGCCGACCAUCGACUUUAUGCUGGGCAACGGAUACCACGGCGAGAGACAGGAGCGGCGGCGGCCGACGGCCGUCACGGCCAAGGACGACAUCCUGCUCGUCAACGUGGCGUGCAACAGGAACACCAAGUCGCAGGGGUUCCUCUCGGGCGUCUUCGACCGCCUCGAGGACGUGGGGUUCAAGGCGGACCUCGUGACGACGAGCGAGCGGAGCGUGAGCCUGGCGUGCCAGCUCGCCGAGGACGGGCCGUCCCUGCACCAGAGAUUGAGGGCCGAGCUGGAGAAAUUUGGAAAAGUCAUCAUCACGGAGAACAUGUCCAUCGUGACCGUCGUCGGGCACAAGAUGCGCAACAUGGUCGGCGUGUCGGCCGAGAUCAUGGCGGCGCUGGCGUCGGCCAAGAUCAACAUCUUCAUGGUGAGCCAGGGGGCGAGCGAAAUCAAUGUCUCGCUCGUCGUUCGCGCCGAGGACGCCGUGCUGGCGCUCAACAUGAUCCACAGCAAGGUCCUGCGCAUCCCGACGCACUGGGAGCAGGAGAACAACUUCAUCAAAGGUGCGGAGGCCCGUCGACGGCGGCGGCGGCGGCAUCCCACCGCCGCUCCAGAACUGCUACUCGAUCCCCCUCUUCCUCCUCCACAUCGUCCUCCUCCUCCUCCGGAGAAACACGCAUCGUGGUACCGGCCGCCGCUUACACAUGCUCCCAGGUCCGUGGCUCUACUGAUACGGCGAAAGAGGGCCGCUCACGACGACGGCGGCGCGUACGGCGUGGGCGGGCCUGGGCCCCUGCAGGAUGGCGUGUAUGGGUCUACCGAAGGGUGGGCGAAGAGGAAGAGAGAGGUUUAA